AUGGUCAUAGGGUAUCAAAGCUCAUUUUCCAGUAUAGGCAUCGGGAACUGUUCCAUUGUGGGCCGCAGGCACUGUUGGCGGAUAUCAGACGUGUAUACUGGCCAAAAAAAGGGACGGAUUACGGCGCGAUCAGUCAUAUCAAAGUGUGAAAGAUGUGCAAGGGAAAAGCCGCAAUUCACACAGCCACUGAUAGGACAACUGCCAUUACAAAGAGUCGAAGUACAGCCACCGUUUGGUGUAACAGGCAUUGACUUCGCUGGACCACUAAUUAUUGGGAGUGGACUGCGUCGAAUUGCCGGAACAAAGGCCUGGGUAUCCCUCUUUGGGUGUUUCUCGGCCAGAGCUGUCCACUUAGAGGUAGUAGAGAAUCGAUCUAGUAUCGUCUUUGUAGCAGCACUUCGACGUUUCAUGGAACGCAGUGACAACGGGACCAACUUCGUGGGUGCCCAGAACAUUCCUAUCCAUCAAAGUAUACCUAUAUUAGCCAAGGAAGGGAUUGAAUGGCAUUUUAAUCCUCCCUCUGCGCCCCACUUUGGUGGCUUAUGGGAAGGCGCGGUAAAAAGCGCUAAACACCAUGCAGAAUAUUUAACGCAAAUGCAAGUUCGAGGAAAAUGGACCACUGAAGAUUGA